CUGGAGCGCACGCGCCCUAUAGCGAAAACCUCUCCUAAAAAAAAAGAAAAAGAAAAAGUUCAGACAUGCUAAAGUUCAGUUGAAAAAAAGUACCUCUCUCGAAGACCUUCUCAGGAAGAUCCUGAAGAUACCAUCCACUAAGAUAAGAGAAUAAACCAAGAAGAAGAAAUGAUGAAAUGCAGGGAGCACAAUAAGUAGAAAAUAAUAGGACCCAAAAUGACAGCUCUGUGCAGACAUUGACAACAACCUGUCUAAGUUAGAUUGCACCUGGAAUGUUUGGGAGAUACUGCUUCAGAAGAUUGGAACUGACAAAAUCUCAGCUAAGUCUGAAGCCACCAGAAGGGAUUUAAAUAUUAAACCCAGAGUUUAGGAGUUGAACUAAUGACAGAUAUGAUACAUACAUGAGAGUCAUGCAGAUAUUAGCUCUAGGGAAAACAAAAUCUUGUACAAGAAAAGAAGGGAUGUGUGUGGCCAAAUGGGAGAGUGAUUAUAACACCAAAGCUACAAACUACAAUCCUAACGAUAAAAGCACCGAUUACGGACUGUUCCAGAUCAAUAGCCACUACUGGUGUGACGACGGCAAAACUCCCAAUGCAGUUAACGCCUGCCAUGUAUCCUGCAAAGAUUUGAUGAAAGAUGACAUCUCACAAGCCAUAACUUGUGCAAAGAAGAUCGUCAGUGAACAAGGCAUUAAAGCAUGGGUGGCAUGGGGCCAGCAUUGUCAGAACAAAGAUGUCCGUCAGUACCUUAAGGGCUGCAAACUGUAGAGGGCUGGACGGGGCUCAGUGGUCAACGCGAUGCACUGUGAGACUGAUCCACCAAAGGGGAAGCAAUGGGUUUCUCUCCCAAGACCUUCCUGAGUUCUCCAGAUGUGUGUGAGCCCAUGAUCUGCUGAUGGCUGCAACCUGAAUUGGAUGGUGCUGGGGCCCUGUGCUGGGUGCUGUCUCUCUAUUGUUCUCUCUCUUUCACUCAUGAAAGAUGUGGAUGGAUAAACUUAAAAAAAAUAUUAGGGUUGUGGAUUGUAACUGGUCAUUUUCCCUUCUUCAGCUUACUUUAUCUCUUUUUUACAUUAAGGAAGUAGUAUUGAUAUUUCAGCUAAUUCACAUACUACCAUUAUUAACCCAUCAAACAAGUAACAGUUUUGCAGAAACAGGAUCAAAAUAUGGUCAUUCUUAUGAGACACUUACUAUUCAUUUUUGUGUUUAUUAUUUGAUAUUAAGGCUAUAAGACUUUCACAUUUGCUAAAAGAACUAAUAUAGGCGAAACUGUAUCUAAAACCAUGGAUGUCAAAUAUAUCUCCAAUACAUUCGGUUUUUAAAGAAAUCUGGAAUUAAACAGGAAUCAAAGAUAAAAAUGUCACAAAAAGCUAAAACAAGUUGAUGUUAGACAAAAUCCCAGUUGUGUAGGCACCCUAAGCCUUCAUGUGUUUGGUCAUUUCUGAAAACAGUAAAAAUAACCACUUUUGACUAGGCAAUAUAACAUUUUAAAGGAACAGAAUGCCAAGUGGCUAAAAAUGGAGGAAGUCCAAAUUAAGAAUUUUGUCUUCAUAAUGUGUAUGGCCUUUUCAUUUAAAUAUUUCCUGAGAAAUGUUGCAUUUAUACAGCUUUAAAAAUAGACUCACAAUUUAUUUAUAUAGCAAUCUGCUUCGGCUCCUUAAAGAGCCUGUGUGCGCAUCCUAGGGAUGAUGAGUGACUCUAGGAAGAAUUAGAUGAGCUACUGCUUUCCUUACUUUUAUUAACAUACAUUCAUGCAUUAGGGCUAAAGGGUGGCAGAUGAGCUUGCCGGUAUUGAAAUAAUAUAAAAAGAGACAUGGUAAUAAAAUUGUGCAUGUUUGAAAAAAAAUGAUCAUU